AUGAGACGCAGAGCUGUUUGCAGCUCCGUCCUGCCAUUUGUGGCCGGUCUGGGUGUGCCCAAGUUCUCCGAUGACGCCACGACCGCAAAGCCUUUGCCGCCGAGGAGGCUUCACAGAUGGAAAGCUGCAUUUUGGAGUGCUCCUGCAGCCUGCAAGGGCCACGAAGGGAGUCAAGCUCUCUCCAGGAAGCAGAGCGACGACCCCAGCCACGUGCUGCAGUGGCAUCGCACAAGGGGAGGGUUUGUGCACGAGAGCAUCCAGGCAACGCAACUCCCGGGCCUCGGAUGGGCUCUUUGCGCCCGGGCCGACAUCGGAAAAGACGCUGUGCUGGUGACCACGCCUGCAAAGCUCUUGUGGGUCGCGCGGGAGUGCCAUGCGCCGGCCGGGGUCCAUUCCUUGGCGCCCGGUGAGGAGCUUCCUGGAGCGUCGAUGCUCUUGAGGCGGCGGCUGGUGGACGCUGUGGCCAAACCCAGCCCUUUCGUGAAGGCGAUGCAGCCGCCGGGAAGAAUCCCGUUGCAGCUGGCCGCGGGCAGCCUCGCCGACGGGCCUCCAGAGCCCUUGACCGCCGCCUUGAAAGGGACGUCCCUGCUUCGUCACACGCUCUCUUUGCGCACGAAACUGCUGGAUUCAGUCGGACCGGAGUUGCAAAGUGCAGAUGACCCCCAACACUUCUGGGAGCUGUCUGUUUGGGCGCAGUCUGUGAUCAUGUCUCGCGCCUUCAAAAUCCCCAAAGGGAGCGAUCGGCUGGUGCUGAUUCCCAUUGUGGACAUCGCUAAUCAUGCCGCGACCCACAAGGUCGCCAACGCCGACGUUCGGAACAACGCAGACGGAAGUAUCUCCAUGGUCGCAGUUCGGGACAUUGCCCAGGGGGAGGAGAUUCGAAUCUGCUAUGGAGAGUACACCAACGAGCAGCUCUUGUUUUGUUACGGCUUCGUCAUUCCGGACAACCCCUGUCAGGGGCUGGUCUGCCCCCUGCAGUUCCCGGACAGCCCAAAGAGGCAGCUUGUGCCACAUACUCUUCCCGCCAAAGCUGGGCCCAUGCUGUACCGUGCCAACGGCACGGUGUCCUUCGAGCUGCUCCUUGCGCUAAAGGUCACGAACAUCACCGAGACCCAGGCGGAAGAGUUGCUGGAGGCGAAGAGCUGGGAGUCAUCCGCACUGGAUCCGCGACCCCAGGAGCUGGUCCAAUGCCUCGCCUUUCUGGAGGCUUGGCAACGGGAGCUCCCCGGUCGCGACGCAGCCGUGCAAGCGGAGGACUUCGAGCCUUGCGUGCAACUGCAGGACAGCUUUUAG